CACAAGUACACAUUAUUUGAAGUGUGAAACGAACGAAUUUCGCGUUUAAUGAAAAUAAAUAAUAUCACAAUCAAAACACACAAUAUCGGUUCAAAAUGAGGAUCAUUUAUUUACUUCUUCUUGUGUCCUUGUUUUGUCUGGUGAGCGCGAAAUAUUUGCCCAAUGAACGUGCUUCAGGCAUUUUGCUCAGGAAGCCUAGAUCUUUAUCAGAUGAAUCAAAUAUUUCAAACGAAAGUAAUGAUGAUGAUAAUACAAAUGAAAACGAUGACGACAAUGACGAUUCCUUGGAGCGUAAACAAAUUGAACAACAGUUGAAACUUCAAGAGAAAAGAGAGAAAGAGGAGCGAAAACGUUUAGAAAAAGAACGUAAGCAUCGAGAAAAACUUGAAGAAGAGGAACGAAAGUUGCAAGAAAAAAUAGCAGAACGGGAACGUAAGCUACAGGAAAAACUGGAAAAGGAAGAACGCAAGCGACAAGAGAAAUUAGAAAAAGAGGAGCGUAAGCGACAAGAAGAAGAAAGGAAACUGCAAGAAAAACUUGAGAAAGAAGAACGUAAACGUCAAGAAAAGAUUCAAAAACAUCUAGAAGAGAUCGAAAAGAAAACAGCCGAACAAAACAACCCGGUGGUUGACAGCUCUUCUGAGUCCACUGAAGACAAUGAUCCCAUGGAUUUGGAAGAUAUUUGGAAGAACUAUGUAUAUUCAAGGUACGGGUUAACUGCUAACAACAGUGAUAUUGAGAAGCAGGCUGCAGUGAAUAGAUAUUUAUCAGAAGAGCUUGGUUUAAGUGUUAAUAGUACUAAGGUUGAAUAUCGCCAAGCAGUUUUACAAUUAGUCCAAAACAAAUUGUUAAAUGAUACUGGUGCACCGGAUAGUUUCCAUAAUUAUUUGAUUAGUCACGUGAAUGCCGUAUAUAUUCAGAGGCUUAGUGCUGAAUUAGAAGCCAAAAUAGCUGAAUUGGAUAACGAGACUGCUUUAUUACAAAAUGUCACCUUACCGUGGGUAAACGAGGCCCAACAAACAAUCGAGCAAAAGAGAACUAUACUUCAAACUGUUGUUCAAUUUUUAUCGAACGUACUACCCAAUUGGAUAACUGGAACGCAAACAGGCCCCUCCGCCUUUAAUCCCCCUACUUCAGACGCCAGUGUAGCAGUUGGUAGCUCAUCUGUGGGUGUGGCUAAUGUAGAUGCCUCAGUAAGUGUCUCAUCUAACUCUGCUUCCACUGACGCCAGUGUAUCAGUAGGCGGUUCAUCCGCCGCAGUACCCACCAAUGCUGGCGCCUCUGUAGCUGUGUCGUCUAACUCUGCUCCCGCUGACGGCAGUGUAUCAGUAGACGGUUCAUCCGCCGCAGUACCCGCCAAUGCCGGCGCCUCUGUAGCUGUGUCGUCUAACUCUGCUCCCGCUGACGGCAGUGUAUCAGUAGACAAUUCAUCCGCCGGAGUACCAGCCAAUGCUGGCGCCUCAGUAGCUGUGUCAUCUAACUCUGCUCCCGCUGACGGCAGUAUAUCAGUAGACAGUUCAUCCGCCGCAGUACCCGCCAAUGCUGGCGCCUCUGUAGCAGUGUCAUCUAACUCUGCUCCCGCUGACGGCAGUGUAUCAGUAGACGGUUCAUCCGCCGGAGUACCAGCCAAUGCUGGCGCCUCAGUAGCUGUAUCAUCUAACUCUGCUCCCGCUGACGGCAGUGUAUCAGUAGACGGUUCAUCCGUCGCAGUACCCGCCAAUGCCGGCGCCUCUGUAGCAGUGUCAUCUAACUCUGCUCCCGCUGACGGCAGUGUAUCAGUAGACGGUUCAUCCGCCGGAGUACCAGCCAAUGUUGGCGCCUCAGUAGCUGUAUCAUCUAACUCUGCUCCCGCUGACGGCAGUGUAUCAGUAGACGGUUCAUCCGUCGCAGUACCCGCCAAUGCCGGCGCCUCUGUAGCUGUGUCGUCUAUCUCUGCUCCCGCUGACGGCAGUGUAUCAGUAGACAUACCUGCCAAUGCUGGCGCCUCAGUAGCUGUGUCAUCUAACUCUGCUCCCGCUGACGGCAGUGUAUCAGUAGACGGUUCAUCCGCCGCAGUACCCGCCAAUGCCGGCGCCUCUGUAGCUGUGUCGUCUAACUCUGCUCCCGCUGACGGCAGUGUAUCAGUAGACAGUUCAUCCGCCGGAGUACCAGCCAAUGCUGGCGCCUCAGUAGCUGUAUCAUCUAACUCUGCUCCCGCUGACGGCAGUGUAUCAGUAGACGGUUCAUCCGUUGCAGUACCUGCCAAUGCUGGCGCCUCAGUAGCUGUGUCAUCUAACUCUGCUCCCGCUGACGGCAGUGUAUCAGUAGACGGUUCAUCCGCCGCAGUACCCGCCAAUGCCGGCGCCUCUGUAGCUGUGUCGUCUAACUCUGCUCCCGCUGAUGGCAGUGUAUCAGUAGACAGUUCAUCCGCCGGAGUACCUGCCAAUGCUGGCGCCUCAGUAGCUGUAUCAUCUAACUCUGCUCCCGCUGACAGCAGUGUAUCAGUAGACGGUUCAUCUGUCGCAGUACCCGCCAAUGCUGGCACCUCAGUUGCUGUAUCAUCUAACUCUGCUCCCGCUGACAGCAGUGUAUCAGUAGACGGUUCAUCUGUCGUAGUAACCGCCAAUGCUGGCGCCUCUGUAGUUGUGUCAUCUAACUCUGCUUCCGCUGACGGCAGUGUAUUAGUAGACGGUUCAUCCGCUGGAGUGCCCGCCAAUACUGGCGCGUCAGUAGCUGUGUCAUCUAAUACUGCCGCUGUUGACGCUGCCCCCGUUAACGCAGCCCCCGUUGACGCUGUCCCUGUUGAUGCAGCUUCCGUUGACGUAGCUCCCGUUGACGCAGCCCCCGUUGACGCUGCCCCUGUUAACGCAGCUCCAGUUGACGUAGCUUCAGUUGACGCAGCCCCCGUUGACGCUGCCCCUGUUGACUCUGCCCCCGUUGAUACCGCCCCCGUUGACGCAGCCCCCGUUGACGCAGCCCCCGUUGACGCUGCCUCUGUUGACGUUUCCCCUGUUGACGCUGCCCCUGUUGACGCUGCCCCUGUUGACGCUGCCCCUGUUAACGCUGCCCCCAUCGACGCAGCGCCCGUUGAUGUAGCUCCCGUUGACGCUGCCCCCAUUGCCGCAGCUCCUGUUGACGCUGCCCCCAUUGAUGCAGCCCCCGUUGACGCUGCCCCCGUCGAUGUAGCUCCCAUCGACACAGCCCCCGUUGAUGUAGCUCCUGUUGACGCCACCCCCAUUGACACCACCUCUAUUGACGCUGCCCCUGUUAACGCAGCCCCCGUUGACGCUGUCCCUGUUGAUGCAGCUCCCGUUGACGUAGCUCCCGUUGACGCAGCCCCCGUUGACGCUGCCCCUGUUGACGCAGUUCCCGUUGACGUAGCUCCAGUUGGCGCAGCCCCCGUUGACGCUGCCCCUGUUGACGCAGCUCCCGUUGACACAGCUCCCGUUGACGCAGCCCCCGUUGACGCUGCCCCUGUUGAUGCAGCUCCCGUUGACGCUGCCCCCGUUGACGUAGCUCCCGUUGUCGUAGCUCCCGUUGAUGCUGCCCCUGUUGAUGCUGCCUCAGUUGACGCAGCCGCCGUUGACGUAGCUCCCGUUGAUACUGCCCCUGUUGACGCUGCCCCCGUUGACGUAGCUCCUGUUGAUGCUGCCCCUGUUGACGUUGCCCCUGUUGACGCAGCCCCCGUUGACGCUGCCCCUGUUGACGCAGCUCCCGUUGACGUAGCUCCUGUUGAUGCUGCCCCUGUUGACGUUGCCCCUGUUGACGCAGUCCCCGUUGACGCUGCCCCUGUUGACGCAGCUCCCGUUGACGUAGCUCCCGUUAACGCAGCCCCUGUUGACGCAGCCCCCGUUGACGCUGCUCCUAUUGACGCAGCUCCCGUUGAUGUAGCUUCCGUUGAUACUGCCCCUGUUGACGUUGCCCCUGUUGACGCAGCCCCCGUUGACGGUGCCCCUGUUGACGCAGCUCCCGUUGACGUAGCUCCCGUUGACGCAGCCCCCGUUGACGCUGCCCCUGUUGAUGCAGCUUCCGUUGACGUAGCUCCCGUUGACGCAGCCCCCGUUGACGCUGCCCCUGUUAACGCAGCUCCAGUUGACGUAGCUUCAGUUGACGCAGCCCCCGUUGACGCUGCCCCUGUUGACGCAGCUCCCGUUGACAUAGCUCCCGUUGACGCAGCCCCCGUUGACGCUGCCCCUGUUGAUGCAGCUCCCGGUGACGCUGCCCCUGUUGAGGCAGUUCCUGCUGACUCGGCCAACUCGGUGGUCGAAUCAUCUAACCCAGCCCCAGUUAAUGCUGGUGUCCCAGUAGACAGCUCGGUCGGCUCGGCUGUCGCGGUUCCAACCGAAGCAGGUGUAUCUGAGAGCCCUAUUGCAGUAAAUACGGAGGGAAUUAUUGCAAGUUCAACUGACGCCGUACCCAUCGACGUUACUAGUGCAUCUGGAAGCAACGUAUCUCCCUCUGGACCAGCAGAACCAGUUUCCAGCUCUGGGCAAGCCUCUAAUGCUGUAAAUAAUAUUGAGACUACAGUAGCACCUCAAGUUGUUCAAGAAAAUACUAAUACUCCCGCUGUACCGGAGUCAGUCUACGGUGAAACCUUAGCUCCGGUACCUUUUGAAGACGGUGCAGCAUUGUUAGAAGUGACCACCCAAUAA